CCAGGUGCAGCCCAGGUGCGCCGCGGGCCACCUGUUGAAGCGCGCGGUGCGGGUUCACGUGCAUGAGGGCCCGGCCGAGGGGCCGCGCGGGGCGCACAGCUGAGCCGCGUCCCGGCGCCCCGCCAGGGCCUCGGGCUUCCGCCGGGUCAGCUGACCGCCCGGCGCGGAACUGCGCGCCCUGCCCGCGCUCCCCGCCCCGCGCCCAGACCCGCGCCGCGCGCCCGCCCCGUCCCGCCAUGGCCGGGCUCGUGGUCAGUGGAACUCAAGUGUCCUACAUCGGCCAGGACUGCAGAGAAAUUCCAGAGAGCCUCGGGAGGGACUGUGGACAUUUUGCAAAGAGGCUCGAUCUCAGCUUUAACCUUCUGAGGUCACUGGAAGGACUGAGCGCGUUCGGGGGCCUGGAGGAGCUCGUCCUGGACAACAAUCUGCUGGGGGACGGCCUCGCGUUGCCGCGGUUACCCCGGCUCCACACCCUCACCCUCAACAAGAACCAGAUCACUGAUGUGGAGCGUCUGCUGGAUCACCUGGCAGAAGUGACACCAGCCCUGGAGUAUCUCAGCCUGCUGGGAAACGUGGCGUGCCCCAACGAGCUGGUGGGCCUGGACAAGGAUGAGGAAGACUACAGGAGGUACAGAUGCUUUGUUCUGCACAAGCUGCCCAACUUGAAGUUUCUGGAUGCCCAGAAAGUAACCAGAUGGGAACGUGAGGAGGCGUUGGUCAGAGGGGCAUUCAUGAAGGUGGUCAAACCCAAGAAACUCAGGCAACACAAGAGUUUUGCAAGGACAAGAGUUUGUGCAUCAGUCCUACCCUACGUAUUUUUUCACGUUUUGAAAUAUCUAGAGGUCAUAAGAGCUGACGAAUAGUGAAACGUCUAUCUUUGUGAUUUUACAAGUACUGCCCUGAUCAACGACAAAAAAAGAACUUUGUCAAGAUAUGUGGAAAAGACCCUACUUUCUAAAGCAUGGCGUGUAGAACGUGAGUGUGUGUGAAUUUAAUGGAACUAAUGAUAGAUACAUUAGGGAGUGAUUAUUCUAAUUACUAAACGAUUCACAGUAGGGUUUCUUACAAUAGCAAAUGCUUUCCAUUUCUACUCUUUUUGCCAGUUUAUAAUAUGGUUCACAAACAUAAAAGCUCCAUGUCUCAAAAUUCUGAUGGCAUUCACUGAUCCACUUGGAUAAAUUUUUGUGACAUCCCAAGAGAGGACUGGGGUGGGAGAGGCUAGAUGGGUGUGUAGGCAUAUGGAAAAGGUUGGUGUAGAAUCUUAUUUCUUGAAUUUUUGCCAGUAGCAACUGCCUUUAUUACUAAUCAACUUUGUCCUAAAAGUAAUACUCUAUCUUGUAUAGUACUUUGCAUAUUACAAAUUUCUUUCAUAUGCGUGUUUUCAUUUAUUCCUCAUAAGACUUUUGUGUGGUAACUCUCAGUGGUCCCAUUUUAUUACUGAAGAAAGGAAACAGAGAGUUAAAGUGACUUGUCAAAGGCCAUGCAACUUGUAAGGGCAAGAGCUAGACUCAAACCAGGUUCUUCUCCCUCCACAACAAUUGGCCAACUUGUUGGGUAUGUCUGAAUCCAUGCUUGCUGGGUUACCAUGCUUGUCACAGUGCUCUUUCAGUAUGACAGACACCUGCCACAGUGUUUCCAAAUCCAAUCCCCAGUUUUAUUUCUUGGACACAUUUUUCAUGAUGUGUUGAGGAUGCUAAGACCUUGUUUCAAAUAUCUUUCCAGGUCAGAAGCCUCUUAGCCCUGCAGGGUCAGCUGGUAACCCAUGUGCAUCUGGUGGAUUUGCUCUCCUUGAGAGCUUCAGAAUGGCUGAACCAAUUAGCUUUUGCUGUGUAACAAACACCCCCUCCCUCAAAAUUAGUGGCUUAAAACAACCAAUAUUUAUUAAGUUCACAAUUCUAGAAGUUGGCAAUUUGAGCUGGACUCAGAUGGAUGGUUCUCUGAACUCAGAGUAGUCUCAGCUUUUCUCUGCUGGGCUAUGUCAGGGUCUGUGGUCCUGACUGGGACAUCUGGGAUGGCUUAGAUGACUGGGGCUUGUCUCCAUAUGGUCCCCCAACUCUUGGCAGGCAAGCCACAGUCUUGUUCAUGUGGCGAUUACCUAGUUCCAAGAGCCGCAAGGGAGUAAACCCCAGUACACAGGCAUUUUUCAAGUCUCUGUUUGCAUCUCCUUUACUACUAUCUUUUUGGUCAGAGCAAGUGCAUGGCCAUGCCAGGGUCAGCAUGGAAUGGGACUAAUCAGGGACAUGACGAAAGGAGGCUUGAGCCGAUUGGAGGGCAUCACUGCACAGUCUACCACAACUGCCAAAUCAAGCUUUUCUUUCCUUCCAAACUUUUUGAGUGGAGUUACAAGGCCCUGAAAAACCAGUAGAUGCUUUCUCUUCAAAGAGCUGUUUCCCAAUUGUUACUCCCUCUAAACUGUGUCAACUCAGUAAACUUGCCCCUUUACAAA